UUCGAGCCCACUUACGAAAUGAACUCUAUUGCUUCCGCAUUAUCGUCGAAGCUUAAGCACAUCAACAUCAUCGUGAUUGACAUACCCGGACAGAAAAGAGUCGCAAAUUGGGCCUUUAUCACAGGUGUUUCGCGAUGAGGGACAACUGACCGGGCCAAUCCCUUGAUCCCUAAAAGGUCCGAACCCCACCACCUUCCGGCUCAGGAGAGCAACAAAACCACCUUCACCGACUUUUUCUUGCAAUUUCGAGCUUCAUCAGCAAUUGCAGACCAUGGCGGCCUCAAGUCUUGCUCUGCGGGCCCACUUGGGACGGCUGGCAACGCGAACAGGAAGCUCGACGAGAAGAACGCCGUCACAACUCACACGACCAUGGAUUUGCCGCCAAUGCUCACAAUCGAGCUUGAAUUCCGCCCCAAUUGGACGUCGUACCUUCUAUACCAGCUCUGCCAGUGAUGAGGCCAACAGCUCGCGCACUGCCGCAGUCUCACGACGGGCAUACCUACCCCUUGAUACGUUUGCACGUCGCCACAUCGGUCCUUCAGCAGAUUGUACGGAGCAGAUGCUGAAAGAAUUGGAUCCUCCUGUCAAGAGCUUGGAUGACUUUGUCAAGCAAGUUCUCCCUAGCGAUAUCUUAUCUUCGACAGAUCUCGAAAUCGAUGCGGCAAGAUCUGGAGGGGAGGAAGGAUUUACGGAAUCUCAACUUUUGGCGAGACUUCGAGCCAUUGCAUCGAAAAACACAAUUAUGCGGAGCUAUAUUGGAUGUGGAUAUGCAGGGACAAGAGUUCCAGAGGUUAUUAAGAGGAAUGUCUUGGAAGGGCCGGGGUGGUACACAAGUUAUACCCCAUACCAGCCAGAGAUCAGCCAGGGUCGCUUGGAAUCACUGUUGAAUUUUCAGACACUGGUCUGCGACUUGACAGCGUUGCCAAUUUCCAAUGCAUCUUUGCUAGAUGAGUCUACUGCUGCUGCGGAGGCUAUGACUUUGUCCAUGAAUGCUCUGCCAGCUUCCAGACAAAAAGGCAAGAGUAAGACAUUCCUCGUGAGCCACUUGGUCCACCCACAGACGAAGGCAGUGUUGCGAAGUCGAGCGGAUGGAUUUGAUAUCAAGAUCGAGGUUGCAGACGUUCUCGCAGAUGGGGGAAAGAGAGUUAAGGAGCUUGGCAAAGAUCUUGUGGGAGUCCUUGUUCAGUAUCCGGACACCGAGGGCGGCGUGGAGGAUUAUAAGGGGCUCGCUAAUACUAUUCACGAGCAAGGAGCAACCUUAAGUGUUGCUACGGAUCUUUUGGCCUUGACGGUCCUGACGCCACCGGGAGAAUUCGGCGCCGAUAUUGCCUUUGGGAAUGCUCAGCGAUUUGGUGUGCCAUUUGGUUAUGGUGGACCCCAUGCAGCCUUCUUUGCUGUUAGUGAUAAAUACAAGCGAAAAAUCCCAGGACGUCUGAUCGGAGUGUCGAAAGACAGAUUGGGCGAUAAAGCGAUGAGGUUGGCUUUGCAAACCAGAGAGCAGCAUAUUCGACGAGAAAAGGCGACGAGCAAUGUUUGCACUGCCCAAGCAUUGUUGGCGAAUAUGAGCGCAUUCUACGCCAUUUACCAUGGACCACAAGGCCUCAAGAAAAUUGCUGAGAGGGCUAUCAAUGGUGCCAGAAUCUUGGAGCAAGGUCUCAAGGAUCUGGGCUUCGAGACCGGAUCUCGAGGAAAGGGAGAGGAUGGGCGAGUACUCUUCGACACAGUUGUUGUUAAUACCGGCCAAGGAAAAGCCGACGAAGUUUUGCAACAUGCUAUCAAGACAUACAGCAUCAAUCUGAGAAAGUUUGACCAUAGUCGACUAGGUAUAACUGUUGACGAGACAGUGGAUUCCAAAGAUCUGGAGGAAAUAUUGUCGAUAUUCAAGGACUUUGCUUCAUCGAAGGAGGAUAUCCACAUCGAUCAGAUCAUUGAGUCUUUACCUGGCAACGGGAAGCUUGAGCUCCCCAACGCUUUCAAGAGGACAUCUGAAUAUCUCACCCAUCCAGUCUUCAACACCCAUCAUUCAGAGACCGAGCUCCUUCGAUAUAUCCACCACCUUCAAUCAAAGGACCUUUCUCUCACUCACUCCAUGAUCCCAUUAGGCUCGUGUACGAUGAAGCUUAACGCUACAACAGAGAUGGCUCCUGUCACCUGGCCGGAAUUUUCUUCGCUUCAUCCUUUCGUUCCAGGCGACCAAGCCGCUGGGUACAAGAUCAUGAUUGACGAGUUAGAAGCUGAUCUGGCCACGAUCACUGGCUUCCAUGCUGUAUCAUUGCAACCGAAUUCCGGUGCCCAGGGCGAAUUUACUGGGCUUCGUGUCAUUCGGAAGUAUCAGGAACAGCAGCCUGGAAAGAAGCGGGACAUUUGCUUGAUUCCUGUCUCUGCUCACGGCACUAAUCCAGCGUCUGCAGCGAUGGCUGGCAUGCGUGUGGUUACCGUCAAGUGUGAUACAAAGUCCGGUAAUUUGGACAUGGCAGAUUUGACAUCAAAGUGUGAGAAAUACAGCGAGGAGCUCGGCGCAAUCAUGAUCACAUACCCUAGCACUUUCGGCGUCUUCGAGCCCGAGAUCAAAGCUGUUUGUGAUGUUGUUCAUCAACACGGUGGGCAAGUCUACAUGGACGGUGCGAAUAUGAAUGCUCAAAUCGGGCUAUGCUCGCCCGGUGAGAUUGGCGCUGAUGUAUGCCAUCUCAAUCUUCAUAAGACCUUCUGCAUUCCUCAUGGUGGUGGUGGGCCUGGAGUUGGCCCAAUUGGCGUCAAGUCCCACUUGGCUCCAUUCCUUCCCGGACACCCGUUAGUGAAGACGGGUGGCGACAAGGCCAUUGCGCCUGUCAGUGGAGCCCCAUGGGGAAGCGCUAGCAUUUUGCCUAUCAGCUGGGCAUAUAUCAAGAUGAUGGGUGGACGAGGCUUGACUCACGCCACUAAGAUCACCCUCCUUAAUGCAAACUACAUCAUGUCUCGCCUCCGCCCCCACUACCCUAUCCUCUAUACGAACGCCAACUCCCGCUGCGCCCACGAAUUCAUUCUCGACGUCCGCGGCUUCAAAGAAACUGCCGGAAUCGAAGCUAUCGACGUUGCCAAGCGCCUCCAAGACUACGGCUUCCACGCCCCAACCAUGAGCUGGCCCGUAGCCAACACCCUAAUGAUUGAGCCCACGGAAUCCGAAAGCAAGGAAGAACUCGAUCGCUUCAUCAACGCCUUGAUCACCAUCCGCGAAGAGAUCAAAGCUAUCGAAGACGGGAAAGCGCCACGAGAAGGCAAUGUUUUAAAAAUGGCGCCGCAUACACAGAAGGACUUGAUUGUUGGGGAGUGGGAUCGUCCUUAUACCCGGGAGCAGGCAGCGUAUCCUCUCCCUUGGCUGAAGGAGAAGAAAUUCUGGCCUAGCGUUACAAGGUUAGAUGAUGCAUACGGGGACCUGAACCUCUUCUGUACCUGCGGCCCCGUCGAUCCAGUCGACGAAGCAGACGGCAUUACUGGGGCUGCGGCACCAAGCCCUACUUAAUUGUACUGUGUACGAUGAACGAAUGAGAUAGAAAGGUGGAGUAAUUUCAACAAAUGAAGCAAGGAGUUGGGGCGGCCUUUUCUGCAACCAAAUGAAGCAGCAUGUGAGUUGGCGUUUAGAUGAGUUUGGCUUCAACUGCCAUGGGUGGAUAGAUCAUUUGAUUUCGGUAGUUUGGGAAGGCUAAUUUAAGUGACAAAAUGAAAUAUAGAUGAUACUCUU